AUGGUGGACUACUACAGAACAUUGGGUGUAUCAAAAACUGCUACUGAAGCGGAAAUCAAGAAGGCUUAUAGAAAAUUAGCUCUGAAAUGGCAUCCUGAUAAGAAUCCUGAUAAUGCAGAUGAGGCUAAUAGAAGAUUCAAAGAAAUAUCUGAAGCCUAUGAAGUCCUUUCUGAUGAAAACAAGCGGAAAAUAUAUGAUGCACGGGGUUCCAGUCACCACAGUCACAGAUAUCAAAGCAAGAAUGGAGUUAAUGGGCACCGACACUUUAGCUUCAAGGGGUUUUUUGGAGAGACGCCUUUUCAUCGGUUUUUUGAAAGAAAACGGCGUGUAUAUGAUCAAUAUGGCAAAGAAGGUCUUAACAGUUCGCGUGGCCGUCGUUCCGCCGCCGAUGACGACUAUGAGUUCGGAUAUCACAGCUUCCCAUUCACAUUCCGAGAUCCCGAGGAGGUGUUCCGAGAAUUUUUUGGUGGCUCUCCGUUUGGUGAUUUGUUUGCUGAUUUAAAUGGACACGGAUAUCAUCAUCGGCAUGGACGCAGGAGUCACCCGAGCACGUCGCUCACUUCAUCCCUGUUCAGUCCGUUCGGGCUGGGAUUGCAGGGUCUUGACGACGCAUUCGCUCAUGCCGCAUUCAACGGGAACACGUUCACGUCGUUUUCGACUUUCAACAGCUCGCUUGCGGGCCCCGGCAGCCCCAAUGUGAAGAGUACCACAACAACCACGCGCAUUGUCAACGGAAAAAAGAUCACUACUAAAAAGAUCACGGAAAAUGGACGAGAAACAAUAAUGUCUUACGAAAACGGGGUUCUUAAAUCUAAGACUGUCAAUGGAGUACCUCAGUCGCUUACAUACAGUUAA